ACUUGUCUUUGUAAUAAUAAAUCUUUUCUUUUAAUAUUCUUCGUUCUUCUUCCGAUAACUUGUUUCUAUCAUCUUCCUCUUACGUUUUCUUCUCUCAAUCUUAUUUCUCCGGUUUAGUAGUCAACGGUCAGCAAUCUCGGCGUUUUCAAAUCGGGGGAAAAAUAUAGCUAAGAGUGUUUGUUUAUCGAUUUAGGGGGUCUUCUCUUCAAAAUUAAAGUCAACGGUUGAAUACGCGUCAAGGGCUUUUCUCAUUGAUUCAAGAUCCUAUGAAGGAGAGCUCUAGGUUUCGUUUUUAAUCUGUUGAGGAAAUGAUGAAACCUAGCUUCUUAUGGCUGCUUCUUGUUUUCGAUUUGGUUUUCAAAGUAUCAGGCAACGCAGAAGGUGAUGCUUUGAGUGCUCUGAAGAAUAGUUUAGCAGACCCUAACAAGGUGCUUCAGAGUUGGGAUGCUACUCUUGUUACUCCCUGUACAUGGUUUCAUGUUACUUGCAAUAGUGACAAUAGUGUCACACGUGUUGACCUUGGGAAUGCGGAUCUAUCUGGUCAACUAGUAAUGCAGCUUGGUCAGCUCCCAAACUUGCAGUACUUGGAGCUUUAUAGCAAUAACAUUACUGGGACAAUACCAGAGCAGCUUGGAAACUUGACGGAAUUGGUGAGCUUGGAUCUUUACUUGAACAAUCUAAGCGGUCCCAUCCCAAAAUCUCUUGGCCGACUACAGAAACUCCGUUUCUUGCGUCUUAAUAACAAUAGCUUAUCUGGAGAAAUCCCAAGAUCUUUGACUGCUGUCUUGUCACUGCAAGUUCUGGAUCUGUCCAACAAUCCUCUCACUGGAGAUAUUCCUGUUAAUGGUUCCUUCUCACUUUUCACACCUAUCAGUUUUGCCAAUACCAAUUUGACUCCCCUUCCUGCUUCUCCGCCGCCUCCUCUCUCUCCUACACCGCCACCUGCAGGGAGUAAUAGAAUCACUGGAGCAAUUGCUGGAGGAGUUGCUGCAGGUGCUGCACUUCUGUUCGCUGUUCCAGCCAUUGCACUUGCUUUGUGGCGGAGGAAAAAGCCACAAGACCACUUCUUUGAUGUACCAGCUGAAGAGGACCCUGAGGUUCAUUUAGGACAACUCAAGAGGUUUUCAUUACGUGAACUACAAGUUGCUUCGGAUAAUUUCAGCAACAGGAACAUAUUAGGUAGAGGUGGUUUUGGUAAAGUUUAUAAAGGAAGGUUAGCUGAUAGUACUUUAGUGGCUAUUAAAAGACUAAAAGAGGAGCGUACUCAAGGUGGUGAACUACAGUUCCAGACCGAGGUUGAGAUGAUCAGCAUGGCUGUUCAUAGGAACUUGCUUCGGCUACGUGGUUUCUGCAUGACUCCAACAGAAAGAUUACUUGUUUAUCCUUACAUGGCUAAUGGAAGUGUUGCAUCUUGUUUAAGAGAUCGUCCAGAGUCCCAACCACCACUUGAUUGGCCAAAGAGACAGCGUAUAGCGUUGGGAUCAGCAAGGGGGCUUGCAUACUUACAUGAUCACUGUGACCCAAAGAUCAUUCAUAGAGAUGUGAAAGCUGCAAAUAUAUUGUUGGACGAAGACUUUGAAGCUGUGGUCGGAGAUUUUGGACUUGCAAAACUCAUGGACUACAAGGACACACAUGUGACAACCGCAGUGCGUGGCACAAUUGGUCAUAUAGCACCUGAGUAUCUUUCUACAGGAAAAUCAUCAGAGAAAACAGAUGUGUUUGGUUAUGGAGUCAUGCUUCUUGAGCUCAUUACUGGACAAAGGGCUUUCGAUCUUGCUCGGCUCGCCAAUGAUGAUGAUGUCAUGUUACUGGACUGGGUGAAAGGGUUGUUGAAAGAGAAGAAGCUGGAAGCACUAGUAGAUGUGGAUCUUCAGGGUAACUACAUAGACGAAGAAGUGGAGAAGCUAAUACAAGUGGCUCUGCUUUGCACUCAAAGCUCACCAAUGGAAAGACCAAAAAUGUCUGAAGUUGUGAGAAUGCUUGAAGGAGAUGGUUUAGCUGAGAGAUGGGAAGAGUGGCAAAAGGAGGAAGUGUUCAGACAAGAUUUCAAUUACCAAAACUAUAAUCAACCAAACACUUCCUGGCUCAUUGGUGAUUCCACUUCCCACAUUGAAAACGAUUAUCCUUCAGGUCCAAGAUAAAGAUUCGUAACACGAAUGCUUUUUCUUGUCUUUAUUUUUCUUAUGUAUUUAUUAAGGGUUUAGUUUAUGCUGAUCCAUAUGUAUUUAUGAAGAUUCAGGUUGGGUUUGUAAGUUAUAACGUUUACGUGAAAAGGGAUAUUUGAAAGCUAAAAACUGAA